AUGACAAUUUGGGGUGCCCUCGUUUGGGGGCAACCACUAGGCAAAGCGAAGGGUGUCGGACGGAUAUUCCAAAUGGGCGGCGGCGACUCGUGCGAACAAGAAAGGCAGCAGGGACGAAAGGUACCUCUGGGUACCCGAUGGUGCUCAAAGCAUUUGCCUUCUCAGCCUGGCCCCCUAGCUGCCCCUCCUUCACCUUUCAACCGCUCGGUGCCAGACGCCGGGCAGCUCCCAGAUCCAUUGGCACCAGGCAGCCCGACAGGUUUCACUUCCCUUUCUCGUCGGGUUCCAACGACGUCAAUGAAAAGAAGGAUGGGUGGGUCGAAGACACCAUAA